GUAUUUGAGUUACGUGAACUGAAUGGUGCACUUUUUCAAACAUUAAAAAUUGAUCAAGCAUUUCUGGACAAGUGAAGGCACUUUUUACCUGCCUAUUUGCCUAGUACUGUAUGUCAGACCCUCCUGAAAUCUAUCCUUGGGAGAUUGAAAAGAACUUAGGAAGAUUUCAGCGAAUGAAACUGGCGGUCCAGACAACCUGCCUGCGAAGAUCCUAGAAGAAUUCGCUUACGAAUUCAGUAUUCCAGUUUCUAAUAUCUUAAAUUCAUCAUUUAAGCAGAGUGUUGUUCCAUUCCAAUGGACGCUGGCUAAUGUUGUUCCGAUACCAAAAGUUCAACCACCCACCUUGCAGAAACUCAGACCAAUCUCUCUCCUCUGCUUGCAAAGGUCGCUGAAAGCUUCGUAAGCAAAUGGGUUAUCUACUCAAUUCUAAAUUGGACUUCAGACAAUUUGGCAAUUGAAAAGGUAUGUCCACCACUCACUGUAUUAUCGAUAUCUACAGUGUAUCAUCAUUUAAUCUCUGGUGCAAAUAGACCAGGUAACAUUGGCACAUUAAUAUUAACUAUAAAGCAUUUGAUACAAUAGACCACAUGAUGGCCAUAAAUAAACUUAUUGAGCUUGGGGUUUCCCCAUUGGUUGUCAAAUGGAUUGCUGAUUUUCUUACAGAACAGGUGUAUUUCGGCAGACAGGAUCCCCCAGAAGCCACCUACAAUAUUUCUGAUGUACACCUGCCUAAUGUGACUAGUGUCAAGCUCCUAGGGGUCAUCCUUCAGAGUAACCUGAAGUGGGAUGGUCACAUUGCUGACAUUCUAACUAAGGCUAAUCUCAAAUGGAGUAUUUCUUUCCUACACAUGAAUCUCAGAUAUUUUAUUGCUGUUUGGAUUGUUGCAUCCAGCGUGACUCCGCCAUGGUUCAUUAGUCUGUUGUUGACCUUAUCUACGCCCAUCUCAGCCAGUGGAAUGAUCAUCCAGAUUUUGGCAAUUUAUAGAAUCAAGGACUCUGGCUCAGUUAGUUUCUCAUCAUGGUUUAUAUCCUGGGCUACAGGAUUUUUACGACUGGUUACCUCCAUUAUAGCAGGGGAUAUGUUGGUUGUUUUCAGCUAUGUAUUCACAAACUCCCUGCGGGCUGUAGGUUGUAUUGUCAUUCUCUACUACCAACCAUCGGCCAAAAAGCUGACUUGACGAGAACAGUUCCUACAAGUGGAAUUAUUUCACCAACAGACUUUGCUUGCUGUCCAAGUGCAUCAAAGAGUUUUUAACAAGUAAGAGGUGAUUUAAAACUCAGAAUUUGAAUAUUGUACAUAAUAUGAACAUUACCACAAACAACACAAAUAUGGUAAGGCUGAGGGUUACACUCCAGUUCAAUCUUCUCUCUGUUUGAUCUUUUCUCUUGAUACUUGUUGAAAUAGUCUCUUGUGAUGAUUUAGUUUUAUUGGUCAGUUGGUUUGUUGUGUGGAGCAUAAAUUACUGAGCACCGCUUCAGCACUUAAGUGAACUGUCACAGCAAAAAAGCUGGAAGUUUGAGUUGUCAAAUAUUGAGAAAUUGGUAGAUUUCAAUUCAGCUGAAAAAGAGAUUUCCGGUGGUAUUUACAUGGAACACAGGGUAAAAGUACAUGGUAACAAUGUGACAUUAUUCUGGCAGCUUUGUGUCUUUGUUUCCGACAUUGUUUCAACAUUUCUGACCAGGCAUGAAUAAUUCUGUCAUCAAAAUUGCUGAAACAAAUGACGUUUUUAAAUAUAUGAUCUUGCGAUAUUUGCAAUUAAAUAGGAGAAAGGUUACUCUUUCCAAAUAUUACCAAACUCCGACACUGACUUCCGCUUCAGUAUUUUGACUUUGAACCGUCCAAAUAGGAAAUAGCGGAAUGCAACUGUACACUCAUUUUCUCAUGACAGGUCACAUUUGUGCAUAAGCCUGUAAGAACUCACAAUUCAGCGCCUGUGGCUGAAAGUCAGGAUGGCCAGAAUCAAGAAAACAGGAAAUAAAUGAAUACUGUGGUUUGGUCUCCGUAAACAGAGCACAGCAACAUAAAUGAAGUGUGGAUGAGUAUUGCCACGAAUUUUUGGAAAGAAUUCUAUAUAUAUAUAUGUCACUGAUUUUUUUCCCUUUAGUGACCUAUUUCUGAAAGCAACAAAGUGUCCUGGAAAGUCAAAUUUGGUCGGUAAAACGUCAAGAAUUAUUCAGAUCAGUCUCAUCUGGUUUGUGCAGAGGGUGUCAAGAGACAUCUGUAUGUGAAAUGCUUUCCUCCCAAAGUGUGUAGCAUUUGAAAUGCAUUACUCGCAAUGGCAAUCCCGCAAUGUACAUGUAAUUUGCCAGAAUUUCAAAUUAUCUUCACUCAGGAACAGAGGGCUUGGCCUUUCUGCAGUUGACCCUAACAGAGCUCAAUCCUCCCAUUUCAGUAUGAUAGGUUUUAAGCUGCAUGUACUUUACAAAUUUUGGUGGUCAGGUUGAUAUUCCAUUGUAAUGCCGGGUUGUAUUGGCCAGUUUCAGAAGUUUUAAAGGAACUUUAGGAAGUUUUAUCAGAGAUAUUUUCAUUUCAUUACUUCAAGAUGGUGGUUGCAUUACAUGGGAGGAUUUAUAUACUCAAUACAAGCAGCUGUAUUUUUAAUAAUGUUUUUAAAGACUGAUUCGUGGGCUCAAUUAUGGUGGUAGAAGUUCAUGUACAUGUCAGAUUUUGGCAUUAGUGUGGGGAAUGACCAUACAAAAAGGCACAUCCAAAAGUCACCACAACUUGGCACAAAUUUGUCUUCCAGAAAUCAAAUCCUACAUAUUUUCAUGACUAAAGGGUUGAAUGUAAUCAGUAAUAGGCACUACCAAAUGGAAAAUAUCUUUGACUAAAUACUGAUUAAAAUCCUGAAGAGGAAACAGUGGGGGCGGGGACAGUCUGACUGGAGGGAGUGCAUACUUAGUGCACUGUCAGGUGCAUGUAUGUAUAGUCUUAUUUGACAUACGCAAGGCGGAAUUCGAGUAUUAAAUCGAUGUGACUUUCUUAAGAAAUCACUUGCAUUAAGAACAGGGUGUAAAACUCUGAAUUUCUAUUUAUGCCAUCAGUAGCAUUCAUGAUACACACAGAAUAGCAAUUUACAAAUUUUAUCCAUUGUUACUUAAGAUCACACGUGGCCAUACAGUACAACCUUUGGGCACAUUAACAAGAGGAAGACGUGUGGCAUUUUGAAAAAAGGUUUCUUCUUUCUUAAAACUAUUCUUUUAUUUGCACAAAUGAUUACUUAUUACAGCAUUAGCCUCACUGUCCACUGAUGACUCAAGUCAUCAUUUCAGGAACUAAGAAACAGCAGUAUUAACUAACCAAAAGGAUCUACUCAAGGUUUAUUAUUUUAUCCUUAUUAGCUUUAAACCACUUAAUUCACAUGAAGAUUCCGAUAUCCUUUCCACAGACGACUGUGCUUUUUCCCAGUUGUUUCAAAAUUCCUGUGUAGUUCCAGCAUUUCACAUGCUCCUUUUCAAGAACACAUACACAUGGAGUUGAAUUUGCCUGUUUUCCUACAACACAAGGUUUUGUUGUGUAAACAAGGGUACCAAAACUAAUCAGUCCUGAAAUAACCACCACUGUAUUGCUUUGAAAUAUAGUUGAACCUCUUCUGAGGCAGCAGGAUUGUUUAGCCACUGGGCACACUCACAAAUUAUAUCAGUUCUAAUGUAACCUUAGUCAAGAUGUUUGUUAAGCCUGCUUUGUGCUAGCUUAACUUGGUGACCAACAUCUCUGCAUGCUCAUUGGCUGUGUACAGUGUGACCAUGAUAUGCAAAUCAGCUGAACACAGGUCCACCUGAUUUGCAUGGCAUAAUGGCUAUAUGAGGUCACUAUUUGCCCUUUAUAUUUAAACUGCACAGACUGCAGAUAGACAACUUGCUCCCCUGCUUGCACAUUGGUGUGUUGUGAAAGGUACAGCCACCUUGCUGGUAAGCUGCUUGCUGUAAGCUGGUAAGACAGCUGAUGACAAAGGCCUUGACCAAGGCUAGCCUUAAUGCAGAAACAGUCUGGUUACAUGCAUUCACCAUUACCUGGCAUCUUUGAGUGCUCAAUGGUCAUGUACAUGGAUUCAUAUACACAUGUUUGCCUUGGAAACAGAAGCUUACGUAACUUGCCAUUAUGGUUACUAUAUUGUCAAUGUUUGUUCGGUAGUUUAAUAUAAUGACGGGUUGGAUCACACAGUUUUAAUGCACACUUUAUAUUUGUAUUACAAAAGGAUAAAUAAAAAAUGUUUCUACCAAGUACAUGAUCUUGGGUUUUAAAAUGCAUUUAGAUUUAGGAUUUAAGGUCCACUAACACAGUGUAACUUGUAUGUCACAACUUUAGUUAGGACUAUCCCAACUACAUGUAUAGUGUUGCCAUGGUUGCAGUUGUAACAGCCCAACAACAUGUACCAAAAUUGCUGCAGUUAAUCAGCAAACCAUUCUCAUGGGCAAUACACGCUCAGAAGAAUGUAGUUUUUGUUGGUGUCCGAGGAGUUUUGCUGGAAGAGCCACAAAAACUGGAGAAUGAGAAACAUUUGUCAAAAUUUGCCAAGUAUACACAGAUGGGACAGUUCCAAACAAAGUUGAGACCAAUGCCAAUAUUACAUGCAUUUGAUUUUUACAAAUUAACAUAAAGCAUUUUUUAUUCCUUUGUGGUGCUAAACAGUUUAGUUACAUGUAGUUCUCCAGCUUUCUUCCAAGAUACAUUGGUUGAUUAAAUUAUUCCAUGGGAGAGCUGAAA